AGGUCUCGGUCGUUCCUUCCUGCUUGAACAACCGAAAUAUCAAACUGCCCGCAGGGUGUGCCUCACCCAACAUGGAGGCUCUCUCGGACUUUGACAUCAACGAUGCCCUCAAGACGUACCUCAACAACCCGCUGGAAACUCACACCCCCGAGGCGCAUCAAGACUUGCUGGAAUGCGAACACAACCCCGAAAACCUGACCCCCGCCCUGGUCAACACCGUCCUCAACCCCAUCGUCGAUGCCAUUACAGAAAACCCGGAAGCUGUUGCCCGCCCGGCCAACUUUGACUCGUUGCAAUUUCUGCUCAAACAAUUCUCUCUCAUCCCCACCCAAUCGCUCUCCAAGCUUCUCGAUCUCAUCCUCUCCGCUCUCUCCGCCGAGGCCGACUCCGUUCACAACGACAUCGAAGCCGAUGAACAAGAUGCCAUUCCUCAGCACAAACAACUCCUCGAGAUGCUCUCCUUCCUCCUCAUGUGGUGCUUCACCAGCGUCGAAACCAGAGUCUCAUCCGAAAAGUCCGCUGCGCCCGCCGCCCGUGGAAGAGGAGGAAAGGCUGCCGCGAAGCCCAAAGCUGGAAAGGAUGCGCCCUGGGAUCCUUCAAUGCAGAUCCAGUCUGCUCUCAACACCAUGGCGAAGGUUUUGAAGCUCAAGCUUGCCAGGAUUUUUGUCACCACCUCUGAGCGCGACACCUUCAUCGGUCUCUUCACACGACCAGUCUACCUGAUGAUGGAGAACGAAGCAAGAGUCAAGUAUACUGCUAUCAAGAUGCAUGCUUUCAAGGUCUUGUGUAUCGCCAUUAAGCACCAUGGACAUGCUUCCGGAGCUCAGACAAACAUCAUCCAGAGCCUUCUGUACUUUGAGCACUUGUCAGAGCCUAUGGCGGAGCUGCUUAACAUUCUGGCUGAACAAUACGACUACCCUCAACUCUCAGAAGAAGUUUUGCGCGAGUUGAGCAACCAGGAAUUCAGCAGCAGCGAUUUGAAGGGUCCCAAAUCUGUCUCGACCUUCAUCACAAAAUUCUCCGAACUCGCACCACGACAAGUCAUCAAGCAAGUCAUGCUCCUCGCCAAAUUGCUUGACAGCGAAUCAUACACACUGCGCUGCUCAAUCAUCGAAGUUUGUGGAAAUUUGAUUGCCAUGUUGAGCAAGCAGGAGGGCGAAGAGCGAAGCGAGAACCACAAGGGCCAAAUCAACGCUUUCUUCGAGGUCCUGGAAGAGCGUUUCCUUGACAUCAAUCCCUACUGCAGAUGCCGUGCUAUCCAAGUGUACAUGAAGCUCUGCGAUCUCGAGACGAAGUACCCGAAGCGCAGACAAACAGCAGCAGAUCUCGCUUGUCGAAGUCUCGAAGACAAGAGCAGCAAUGUUCGCAGGAAUGCCAUCAAGCUGCUUGGAAAGCUUGUCCAAACUCAUCCUUUUGCAGUUUUGCAUGGUGGUCAACUCUCGUACUCGGACUGGAACUCGCGGUUAGAAGUUUGCGAGGCGGAGCUGAAUGCUCUCAAGCCACCUCAAGAAGCCGCUGGCAUGGUCGAGCAGCAAGACGCCACGGUUGAUGAAGAGCUCUUGGAUGAUGCCACACAGAUGUCACCUGUCAAGGAGAAGCCGGCUAUGACAGAAGAGCAGAAACAAGCUGCUUUCGAGAAGGCAGCAGCUGAGGCUGUCACUUCCGAGAUGAUGAGCAAGCUUACAUUGACUCGCCGUUACUACAUCGAAGCCCUCAAGUUCAUCGAAGUCCUCCACGAAGCCUCGCCCAUCAUCACACAAUUGCUCUCGUCCAAGAACAAAUCCGAAGUUAUCGAGGCCAUGGACUACUUUGUCAUUGCAGAUGCAUACAAGAUUGAGACAUCCCGCUCAGGUAUUCGAAGAAUGUUGCGCCUCAUCUGGACCAAGGGAAACAGCGACGAAGGCAAGGGUGUCCAGGCUCAUCUCAUAGAAUGUUACAAGGGCUUGUUCUUCGAUGCUCCUAGCGGCUUCACCGCUAACGAUGCUGCAAACUUCAUCGCCAGGAAUAUGGUCAGUCUGACAUUCGGAGCAACCGCCGCCGAAUUGACGAGUCUGGAGCAAUUACUCAGCACCAUGAUGCAAUCAGACUUUAUCAAGGAUGCAACCAUCCAGAAGCUCUGGCAGAUCUACGGUAUCGAGCGCAGAGAAAUUUCAAAGAACCAGCGCCGCGGUGCCAUCAUUGUUCUCGGCAUGCUUGCCUUGGCCGAUCCUGAUAUUAUCGUCAAGGAGAUGGAGACGUGUCUUCGAAUUGGUCUUGGUGCAUACGGUAGAACGGACCUAGUUCUUGCCAAGUUCACGUGCAUUGCCUUGAUGCGUAUGAACAACCCCAAGCACACCAAAGGUAUCCAAGCAGCACCCACUUCAACAAGGCUGCCCAACGAUCAUGCAGUGCUUCAGAAACUGGCCGCCAUGGCAGAUGUCAAAUCCUCUAGCAAAGAGUGGUACGGUCUUGCCGAGCAAGUGAUCGGCGCAAUUUACGCUCUCUCAAAGCACCCUGAUGAGCUGGCCUCCGAGAUCCUGAGAUUCAAGACGAAGAAGGUGUUCGCCUCAGUUGCGGUUGUGACCAAAGCCGAGCCAGUCGAGAUUGAAGACGGCGACAUUGAGAUGAGUGGCAUGGACGACGAGCCCAUGAAAGAUGCUCUCCCGAUCAAGAAGGAAGAAGAGGACGAAAUCGAGCUACCAAAGGCUGAGGACCCUGGACUUGCUUUGUCACAACUACUUUUCACCGUCGGUCACAUCGCAAUCAAGCAAAUCGUCCAUCUGGAGUUAUGCGAAAUGGACUUCAAACGCCGAAAGAUGGACAAGGAGAAGCAAGCCACUGCUGAACCGACGCCAGCCAAGAAGGGCAAGGCAUCGAAGAAGGACGCUAAAGAUGUGAAAGAAGAAGAGCAAGAUGAUCUCGACUUGAUCACAGGCACAACCGAGGACGAUUUCACAGACGCCAUUGCUCAUGUACGUGAGCGUGAACUCCUCUUUGGACCUCACUCAUUGCUGGCCAACUUCGGACCUCUGGUGCGCGAGAUCUGUAUGAACAACACAUCGUAUGCAAGUCAGGAAUUGCAGGCUCAGGCUGCUUUGUGUUUAGCAAAGCUCAUGUGUGUCAGCUCCGAGUACUGUGAGCAGAACUUGGGCCUACUCAUUACGAUUCUCGAGAGAAGUCCUGAUGCCACAACACGCAACAACUUGGUAAUUGCACUUGGCGAUAUGGCAGUCUGCUUCAACCAUCUGAUUGAUGAGAACACCGACUACCUUUACCGCCGUCUGUCAGACAGAUCAUUACCGGUCAAGCGCACAUGUCUCAUGACAUUGACAUUCCUGAUCUUGGCUGGACAAGUCAAGGUCAAGGGACAGCUAAGUGAGAUGGCCAAGUGUGUCGAGGACAGCGAUGACAGAGUACGAGACAUGUCACGAAUGUUCUUCAGCGAGCUUGCAGGCAAGGAUAAUGCUGUUUACAACCAAUUUGUGGACAUGUUCAGCUUGCUCUCUCGCGAUGAAGAACUUGACGAGGAUCAAUUCCGCAGAAUCAUCAAGUUCUUGUCGGGCUUCAUCGAGAAAGAUAAGCAUGCAAAGCAACUCGCAAACAAACUGGCUGCAAGACUACCGAGAGCAGAAAACGAGAGGCAAUGGAAUGAUGUUGCUUAUGCGCUUGGACUUCUUCAACACAAGGAUGAAGAGAUUAUCAAGGUGGUCAAUGAGGGGUACAAGGUUGUUCAGGCUGCGGCUUGAGGGAGGCAUUCGGUGGCAAUUGCUGGGAUGGCGUUUUUGGAGCGUCACGAACUGUAUAGGUUUUCUUUCUUGUUGAUACCCAUUGAAGAAGGAAUUGUUCUACUCGUACUCGUAUUGGCAGCGUACCUACUGAUCAAGAGUGGUGUGUGGCUUGUGUUGUUGUUAUUGCCAUGUCUCGGC